AUGCCAAAGGCCGUUAUUUUGGAUCAGGAUGGUAAUCACGAUGACAUCAUUUCUCUGGCACUGCUGCUAGCGUGGCCAGAGAAGGUAAGUGUCAUUGGCUGCAUCUGCACAGAUGCCGAUUGUUUUGUUGCUGAUGCAUUCAACAUCACCGGGAAACUGAUGUGCCUUUUAAACAAGCGUGCGAACCGGCCUCUUUUUCCCAUUGGCAUUUCGUCUUUUCAUGGCGUGAAUCCGUUUCCGAUGGAGUGGCGCUGUUCUGCGAAAAACAUGGAUGAUUUGCCCUCUCUGAACAUUCCUGAGCACACCGAGAUGUGGGAGAAGUUGAAGCCAGAGUAUGAAAAACUCGUGGGUGAGGAGUUGCUUGCGGAUCUGGUGAUGAAUUCGCCGGAAAAGGUAACGAUAUGUGUGACCGGACCACUCUCCAAUGUGGCGUGGUGUAUAGAGAAGUAUGGGAGACGCUUUACAGACAAGGUGGAGGAGUGUGUCAUCAUGGGUGGCGCUGUGGAUGUCGGUGGCAAUGUUUUUCUCCCGGGCACUGACGGGACGGCAGAAUGGAACAUUUAUUGGGAUCCACCAGCAGCGAAGACGGUGCUGGAAUGCCCUCAUAUACGCAACGUUCUCUUCUCACUUAAUUCGACGAAUACCGUUCCUGUAUGCUCAUCUCUUGUGAAGCGCUUUGGUGCCCAAAAUGAGUACUUGCUUUCGCAAUUUGUGGGUUCCACCUGGGCCAUGUGCACGCACCAUGUGCUUCUUCGCCCAGGCGAUGGCUACUAUGCCUGGGAUUCUCUGACAGCCGCCUACGUAAUUGACAACAAUUUGGCAGAUCUUGAGCCGAUGGCUCUGGAGGUAGAGAUUAAUAAAACAAAGGACGAGGGGCGCACGUUUCGUUCGACGCAAGGACGUACUUGCACAUAUGUUGCCAAGAACACCAAUGCAGAAUUAUUUUAUGACAUGGUGCUUUCCAGUAUGCGUAUUUGCUGA